AUGCAGUGGGACAGCCUCUACUUCGUGUUUCUAGCGUUAUGCUGCAUUCAUACUGCAUCUGAACCGUUGCGCUUUCCUGAAGAUUAUCGAACAAAUGUUGUUCGAAGACGUCGAAGCGAUGAGAAGGACAAUCUCGCCUUGUCCAGGGAGAUAUUCAAAAAUAUCACGAAGCAACUACGCGAAAAUAUCAAGCGUGAAGGAGCGACUGACAGAAACGAUCAUUUGUUACAGAACAAGGUAGAAGAGUCUCGUCCCUAUGUGCCGUACCAGAGUUACCAUGAUCAUCAUCAUGAGCACCAUUGGGGCCCGUACUUCGAGGAGGAGAAGUACACCCAAGUGACGGCCCAUGUUGGGGCGGAGGCCUUGUUGAAUUGUAGAGUCGUCAUGCUCAAGGACAAAACGGUGAUGUGGUUGAGAAACACAACGGAGUCAGCACAACUCCUCACCGUUGGUCCAGCUUUAUACGCCGGCGACAAUAGGAUAGCAGUAAAGUUCCAAUACCCAAACAACUGGAGACUUAGUAUGAAUCCAGUGAAGUUGACAGACGCUGGUCACUAUAUGUGCCAAAUAUCCACACAUCCCCCAAGAACGAUAUUCACAAACCUCACAGUUUUACCUCCUGUAAUAUCCAUAAACGGUGACGAAACGCAUGAUGUGAAAGACAGAUUUUAUAAAGCGGGUAGCGCUAUAAAAUUGUCUUGUAUCAUAUCAGAACAAUAUGUGUCAUCUAUACCUAUUAAGGCCCCGUUGACGACGCCUAUACCUACAACCACACCCCUACCUACAACUACUACCACAGAAUUAACAACAAAAAUGAGUACAAUAUUCAAUAGAAUAGAUUUAAUGAUGAAUAAAAGCUGGAGUGUCGAAACUACGACGAUUACUUCAACUGUUAGCGUAAGUACUACAACUAAGAAAGCACCAGAGAAGACCACGACUGAACUGACUACUAUGAAACCUACAACACCUCCAGUAGAAAAUAAUAUUUAUGGAAUUUUUUGGAAGAAACAAGGGAAGGAUUUCACUGAUAAUGUCUCUUGGAGGAAUAUGAGUGCUACUAUCAGUGUGAGUUCAGCAUCACAGAAUGACAGUGGGACGUAUACAUGUUACCUACAGAACCAUUCUCAAGUCACAAUCAAUGUUCACGUUUUGAUCGGGGAGAACCAAGCCGCUGUACAACACAACACAGGGAACAAAGGAACACUUUUCUGGCAACCCCGAGUUUUGGCCUUUGUUUCCUGCACAACUCUUCUAUUAUUUUAUCCGUGA